AUGGCGACAGACAUAAACGAGUGCGCGCAACCUGGUGCCUGCGGUGCUAACGCACUUUGUCAAAAUUAUCCUGGAAAUUACACAUGCGUUUGUCCCGAAGGAUUUACAGGAAAUCCACGAACUGGGUGUUUCGACGUUGAUGAGUGUUCAAAUCAAAGAGCGUGCGGCCCAGGAGCGAUUUGCUCUAAUCUAAUAGGAGGAAAACAGUGCAGUUGCCCGCCGGGAUACGAUGGGGAUGCUUACAUAACCGGCUGCAGGGAUGUCAAUGAAUGUCUCCAAAAUCCGUGCGGAUACAACGCACUUUGCACCAAUCUAGACGGCUCCUUUCAGUGUACAUGUCCUCCAGGAUUUUUCGGCGAUCCCCACGUUGGCUGUUCAGAUAUUAACGAAUGCGAAUCCAGUCCUUGUGCCAGUAACGCUAAAUGUGUAAACACUAACGGAAGUUACAAAUGUCUGUGUCCCGAUGGAUACACUGGAAAGGCGACUGAAGAAUGUGUCGAUAUCAACGAGUGCGGAAGCUUGGGCUCCUGCGGUAUUAAUGCCAAAUGCAUUAACAUGCCCGGGACAUAUAAAUGCAUUUGUCCAGAAGGCUUUACGGGAGAGGGGAAGCAAUUUUGUGAAAAUAUAAAUGAAUGCGAAUCAAAUCCGUGCGGAGAAAACGCUGUGUGUAGGGACACAGUUGGAAGUUACACUUGUACAUGUAAAGAGGAUUACACUGGCGAUCCUUUCAAAAAAUGUACCGAUAUAGACGAAUGUGUGGCAUUAGAGAAACCAUGUGGAGCACAUGCAAUUUGUGAGAAUGCUCAACCAGGAUAUAAUUGUAUUUGUCCGCAAGGAUUUCAAGCCAGUCCUUCACCAAAAAUCGCUUGUGAACAGAGAGAUGUUAGUGUCCUUUGCGAAUCGAAUUACGAUUGCACCAAUAACGCUGAAUGUAUAGACCAUCAAUGUUUUUGCCAAAAAGGUUUUACACCGCAGGGUGCUGUAUGCGUAGAUGUUAAUGAAUGUGAAUCAGAACCAUGUGGAAAGUUUGCAAUAUGUACCAACACUUUAGGGAGCUUUCACUGCGAAUGUGAAAACGGCUAUGUAGGCGCUCCCCCACGGAUGCAAUGCAAAGCACCCUGCGAUAAUGUUCAAUGCGGAAAUCACGCUUAUUGUAAACCGGAAGGUCAAGAAGCUUAUUGUAUGUGUGAGGAUGGUUGGACGUUCAAUCCCAGUGACAUUUCUGCCGGUUGUAUCGAUAUUGAUGAAUGCGAUAAAAACAUUGGACCAAAUGGAAGAUGUGGGACUAACAGUGUAUGUACCAACACACCUGGCAGUUUUUCAUGUACCUGUCGACAAGGAUUUUCAGGCAAUCCGUUGAUCAAGUGUCAGGAUAUAAACGAAUGUAUUCGACCCAACACAUGUGGUCAAGGAGCAGUAUGUAAAAAUAUUCCAGGUUCGUUUAAAUGCGAAUGUCCUGAAGGAACGGUGCCAGAUCCGGACCCCUUUACAAGGUGCAAUGAAAUUGUCACAUGUAAAUCAAAAGCAGAUUGUCCCGGUAAUGCAGUUUGCGAAUUCCAAAAGUGCGUCUGUCCUGAGCCAAAUACAGGAAACGAUUGUCGUCAUCCGUGCGAAUUUUUGUCAUGCGAACCAAACCAAAAGUGUAUGCUAAUAAAUCAGAUUGCGAAAUGCAUGUGUGAAUCCGGAUACAAAGAAACGGAACGAGGUUGCGUGGACAUUAACGAAUGCGAAAAUAAUCCUUGCCAAAUUGGUGCGAUAUGUAAAAAUGAACCAGGAGGUUUUACUUGUCAAUGUCCUGGAGGAACUUCGGGAGAUGCCUACAGAACAGGAUGCAGUAAAAUUAUCCACCCGUUUAGUUGUUCUGCAGCGAAACCAUGUCCAGCUGGUGAACAAUGCAUAAAAGAUGGAGCACUCGGUGGGAGCGUAUGCAUUUGUGUACAAGGUUUUGUAAGAGAUGAGAAAACAGGUAGAUGUCGAGACGUUGACGAAUGUACCGAGCUGAACAGACCCACGUGUGGACCUAAUGCCAUUUGUAAAAAUUUACCUGGUAGUUACGAUUGCCAAUGUCCACCCGGCUUUAAUGGAAAUCCAUUUUUAGAAUGCAAUGAAUGUAACAGCCCCGAAUGCCGUUGUCAAGCACCUUACAAAUUGGUAGAUGGAAAUUGUGUAUUGGCUGGCUGUUCUAAAGACGAAAAAUGUCCGCACGGUGCCGAAUGUAUAACUAUAACUGGAGGGGUGAGCUAUUGUGCAUGCCCAAAAGGUUUUCGAACUAGAUCAGACGGUUCCUGUGAAGACGUUAACGAAUGUACAGAGACCAAAUCGUGUGGUUAUGGAGCAGAAUGUAUCAACAGUAUUGGAUCGUACAAAUGCAUCUGCCCCACAGGAUACAGCGGUGAUCCUUACAAGGGGAUCUGUUCACCUGCCCAGAAGCAAUGUUCCUUGGAUAGUGACUGUUCCCCUAAUGAAAAAUGUAUACAACCAGGAGAAUGCGUGUGUCCAGUGCCGUUUUUCACAGACCCAAACGACAAUUCAUGUAACAGCCCUUGCGAACGAUAUCCUUGCGGUUUGAAUGCAGAUUGUAUACCCUCCGAUCCUCCAAAAUGUGUAUGCAAGCCAGGAUUCAAGGCAGAUGCUUCACGAGGAUGCGUCGAUGUCGAUGAAUGUAUCGAUGAACCUUGCGCAUAUGCAGCUCACUGUUUAAAUGAAAGGGGAGGAUAUAAAUGUAUAUGUCCACACGGGAUGACGGGAGAUCCAUACAAGUCAGGAUGUAUCCUAGAUCUUCCUGGACAACCUAAAACUGAAUGUGCUACCGAUAGAGAUUGUGCCGACGUUCUAAAGUGUACCGACGGAUCUUGCGUGAAUCCCUGCUACUCAAAGGACUGUGGCCCUCAAUCCUAUUGCGAGGCCAAAGGACAUGCCGCACACUGUCAAUGUGCAGAUGGAUUCAAAAAGAACAGCAGAGGAAAAUGCGUAUCACUUUGUGACAGAGUACUCUGCGCUGAUGGUGCUCAAUGUAUAGUGACAAGCUCGGGACCGACUUGUAAAUGCUUAGAAGGAAGUAUAGGAAAUCCAUUUCCAGGAGGAAAAUGUACAACAGAUAUCUGCUCUCCUAAAAAUCCAUGUCCAGAACCGAGCGUCUGCGUAAGUGGACGAUGUAAACAAAAGUGCGAGGACGUGAUAUGUGGAGUGGGGGCUCAUUGUGAUCAGGGUUCCAACAAAUGCGUUUGCAAUCUCAAUUUUAUUGGAAAUCCAAAUAUUCUCUGCAUGCCACCAAUAACGGCACCCGGCUUCAUAUAA